AGCAUCUUCCACGGUUGUGCUCGUGGCAUUCAUUAGCAUUAACCUUGUCCGAAUCAAUGACUGAACUGCCAGAGGACCGGAUUCAAAACCGGCGUAAAUGCAGGAGGACUGGAUCGACCAAUGAAUGAGAACACUUUAGGUUUGAAUAUGCAAAUAAAUUCAUACUACCUUCAUGUCUAUAGUUAUCAUUGAUCUAAAUACCAUAUAUUGUCGCCAUGACAACCAAACGCAUCUGUUCGGAUUGCUGACGUGAUUGUUUCCAGAGCGGUUAUUCAACGGACCGACUGCAGGAUCAUUUGGUUCAAUAUUUCAGAGUGACGUUUGAUACCAAUGCGGUGCGCCCGACGUCGUCAAAAAAUGACACUCCAACCACUAUCAUCAAUCGUUACAAAUUCAAUUUCCUUUGCCACCACCACCAGAUAUUGACUGGACUGGUACCACUACAUGUAGUAGACUACUAUUUCAAGUUUCGGGUAGCAUCUAUCCAUUGAUUGAUUUGUGAGUGAGAGUGAAGAGAAAGAGAGGCCAUGAUGACAGAAGAGACAAUCAACAAUAACGACACCACCACUGCAGGCACUGCUCCAGGCAAGACGGCUGGCACUCGUUCCAUUGCCAUUUUUACUGAGUUCGACGAAGCAUUGUUGCGUCGCGACUAUGUCGACAAGCAGCCAUUUGUGCUACGGGGUGUGGCAUCCGAUUGGCCCGUGUCGGGGAAAUGGGACUACGAUUGGAUUCGAAAGCAAUGCGGUGACACGACGAUUCGACCGUACUGUUUCAACCGCAAAUCCAAAUCGCAAUCGUACCUCUUUCAAGCCGUCUUUAAUCGCACCAAAAUGACCAUUGAAAAGUUCUUUGCGGAAAAGUUUCAAAAGGGCGGUUCCCUCUGGAGUAUCAAAGAAUGUCACGAAGUCUUUGAAGCGCAUCCCGAACUCAAGGAGGAUUUCCAGUUUGAAGAUGUCUACAUGGGUCCUACCGAUAUUCCUCGUGCGCACUACUUUUGGAUUGGCAAUGCCGACAGUUCUAUUGGCCUGCACGCCGAUAUGGUGAUUUACAGUUGCAUGCUGCAGAUUCACGGACGCAAGCACUGGAAGUUCUACCCACCGGCUGACAAGGAGUACCUCUACAUGGAAACCAAGGGAGCCAUUGAUGGAGGCAUGUAUUCGCCUCUGGAUGUCUUUUCCACAGUCGAUCUUACCGAAUACCCCUUGUUUGCCAAGGCCACCGAGUUUAAUCUCAUUCUCCAACCGGGCGAUAUCCUCUAUGUCCCCAAUGGAUGGUGGCAUGCCGUCUAUUCCAUGGAUGCUACCAUGAGUGUCAACUAUGUUGCCGAACGAUGCAACAACAUUAGCACUGGAUUCUUGUCGGCCUGGUGGAUCAAUGACUAUCUGGAGGGAUCCCGUCUCCUUCUUCUCUAUCUCCUUCGUCAAAUGCUCACAUUCAUCACAUACAUCUUGCCCGUUGGAUCAUCAUCCAACAAAAACAAGAAGACCGAAACCUUGUUGGAUAACGACACCGGUGCCGUAUGGACUCCCAAGAGUGAUGAAAUGGAAGCCAAGGGAAAGUAAGCAAGCAAACAAACCGACAAUCUCUACCAUUACAUUGCGAUGUACCAACCAGCAUGCCAACAUGCUGCUGCCGGAUCAAGCAAUCAAGCACACACACACACACACACCACCCAAGCCUCAUCAGAGUAUUCUAUGUGUGCUGCAUUCUUUUAACUAUUAGCACGAUAAACAAUAACAACAUUCUGUAUCCACUC